AUGAGUAAAUGGGGGGGGGGGGGGGGGGGGGGGGGGGGGGGGGGGGGGGGGGGGGGGGGGGGGGGGGGGGGGGGGGGGGGGGGGGGGGGGGGGGGGGGGGGGGGGGGGGGGGGGGGGGGGGGGGGUGGGGGGGGGGGGGGGGGGGGGGGGGGGGGGGGGGGGGGGGGGGGGGGGGGGGGGGGGGGGGGGGGGGGGGGGGGGGGGGGGGGGGGGGGGGGGGGGGGGGGGGGGGGGGGGGGGGGGGGGGGGGGGGGGGGGGGGGGGGGGUGGGGGGGGGGGGGGGGGGGGGGGGGGGGGGGGGGGGGGGGGGGGGGGGGGGGGGGGGGGGGGGGGGGGGGUGGGGGGGGGGGGGGGUGGGGGGGGGGGGGGGGGGGGGGGGGGGGGGGGGGGGGGGGGGGGGGGGUGGGGGGGGGGGGGUGGGGGGGGGGGGGGGGGGGGGGGGGGGGGGGGGGGGGGGGUGGGGGGGGGGGGGGGGGUGGGGGGGGGGGGGGGGGGGGGGGGGGGGGGGGGGGGGGGGGGGGGGGGGGGGGAGGGGGGGGGGGGGGGGGGGGGGGGGGGGGGGGGGGGGGGGGGUGGGGGGGGGGGGGGGGGGGGGGGGGGGGGGGGGGGGGGGGGGGGGGGGGGGGGGGGGGGGGGGGGGGGGGGGGGGGGGGGGGGGGGGGGGGGGGGGGGGGGGGGGGGGGGGGGGGGGGGGGGGGUGGGGGGGGGGGGGGGGGGGGGGGGGGGGGGGGGGGGGUGGGGGGGGGGGGGGGGGGGGGGGGGGGGGGGGGGGGGGGGGGGGGGGGGGGGGGGGGGGGGGGGGGGGGGGGGGGGGGGGGGGGGGGGGGGGGGGGGGGGGGGGGGGGGGGGGGGGGGGGGGGGGGGGGGGGGGGGGGGGGGGGGGGGGGGGGGGGGGGGGGGGUGGGGGGGGGGGGGGGGGGGGGGGGGGGGGGGGGGGGGGGGGGGGGGGGGGGGGGGGGGGGGGGGGGGGGGGGGGGGGGGGGGGGGGGGGGGGGGGGGGGGGGGGGGGGGGGGGGGGGGGGGGGGGGGGGGGGGGGGGGGGGGGGGGGGGGGGGUGGGGGGGGGGGGGGGGGGGGGGGGGGGGGGGGGGGGGGGGGGGGGGGGGGGGGGGGGGGGGGGGGGGGGGGGGGGGGGGGGGGGGUGGGGGGGGGGGGGGGGGGGGGGGGGGGGGGUGGGGGGGGGGGGGGGGGGGGGGGGGGGGGGGGGGGGGGGGGGGGGGGGGGGGGGGGGGGGGGGGGGGGGGGGGGGGGGGGGGGGGGGGGGGGGGGGGUGGGGGGGGGGGGGGGGGGGGGGGGGGGGGGGGGGGGGGGGGGGGGGGGGGGGGGGGGGGGGGGGGGGGGGGGGGGGGGGGGGGGGGGGGGGGGGGGGGGGGGGGGGGGGGGGGGGGGGGGGGGGGGGGGGGGGGGGGGGGAGGGGGGGGGGGGGGGGGGGGGGGGGGGGGGGGGGGGGGGGGGGGGGGGGGGGGGGGGGGGGGGGGGGGGGGGGGGGGGGGGUGGGGGGGGGGGGGGGGGGGGGGGGGGGGGGGGGGGGGGGGGGGGGGGGGGGGGGGGGGGGGGGGGGGGGGGGGGGGGGGGGGGGGGGGGGGGGGGGGGGCGGGGGGGGGGGGGGGGGGGGUGGGGGGGGGGGGGGGGGGGGGGGGGGGGGGGGGGGGGGGGGGGGGGGGGGGGGGGGGGGGGGGGGGGGGGGGGGGGGGGGGGGGGGGGGGGGGGGGGGGGGGGGGGGGGGGGGGGGGGGGGGGGGGGGGGGGGGGGGGGGGGGGGGGGGGGGGGGGGGGGGGGGGGGGGGGGGGGGGGGGGGGGGGGGGGGGGGGGGGGGGGGGGGGGGGGGGGGGGGGGGGGGGUGGGGGGGGGGGGGGGGGGGGGGGGGGGGGGGGUGGGGGGGGGGGGGGGGGGGGGGGGGGGGGGGGGGGGGGGGGGGGGGGGGGGGGGGGGGGGGGGGGGGGGGGGGGGGGGGGGGGGGGGGGGGGGGGGGGGGGGGGGGGGGGGGGGGGGGGGGGGGGGGGGGGGUGGGGGGGGGGGGGGGGGGGGGGGGGGGUGGGGGGGGGGGGGGGGGGGGGGGGGGGGGGGGGGGGGGGGGGGGGGGGGGGGGGGGGGGGGGGGGGGGGGGGGGGGGGGGGGGGGGGGGGGGGGGGGGGGGGGGGGGGGGGGGGGGGGGGGGGGGGGGGGGGGGGGGGGGGGGGGGGGGGGGGGGGGGGGGGGGGGGGGGGGGGGGGGGGGGGGGGGGGGGGGGGGGGGGGGGGGGGGGGGGGGGGGGGGGGGGGGGGGGGGGGGGGGGGGGGGGGGGGGGGGGGGGGGGGGGGGGGGGGGGGGGGGGGUGGGGGGGGGGGGGGGGGGGGGGGGGGGGGGGGGGGGGGGGGGGGGGGGGGGGGGGGGGGGGGGGGGGGGGGGGGGGGGGGGGGGGGGGGUGGGGGGGGGGGGGGGGGGGGGGGGGGGGGGUGGGGGGGGGGGGGGGGGGGGGGGGGGGGGGGGGGGGGGGGGGGGGGUGGGGGGGGGGGGGGGGGGGGGGGGUGGGGGGGGGGGGGGGGGGGGGUGGGGGGGGGGGGGGGGGGGGGGGGGGGGGGGGGGGGGGGGGGGGGGGGGGGGGGGGGGGGGGGGGGGGGGGGGGGGGGGGGGGGGGGGGGGGGGGGGGGGGGGGGGGGGGGGGGGGGGGGGGGGGGGGGGGGGGGGGGGGGGGGGGGGGGGGGGGGGGGGGGGGGGGGGGGGGGGGGGGGGGGGGGGGGGGGGGGGGGGGGGGGGGGGGGGGGGGGGGGGGGGGGGGGGGGGGGGGGGGGGGGGGGGGGGGGGGGGGGGGGGGGGGGGGGGGGGGGGGGGGGGGGGGGGGGGGGGGGGGGGGGGGGGGGGGGGGGGGGGGGGGGGGGGGGGGGGGGGGGGGGGGGGGGGGGGGGGGGGGGGGGGGGGGGGGGGGGGGGGGGGGGGGGGGGGGGGGGGGGGGGUGGGGGGGGGGGGGGGGGGGGGGGGGGGGGGGGGGGGGGGGGGGGGGGGGGGGGGGGGGGGGGGGGGGGGGGGGGGGGGGGGGGGGGGGGGGGGGGGGGGGGGGGGGGGGGGGGGGGGGGGGGGGGGGGGGGGGGGGGGGGGGGGGGGGGGGGGGGGGGGGGGGGGGGGGGGGGGGGGGGGGGGGGGGGGGGGGGGGGGGGGGGGGGGGGGGGGGGGGGGGGGGGGGGGGGGGGGGGGGGGGGGGGGGGGGGGGGGGGGUGGGGGGGGGGGGGGGGGGGGGGGGGGGGGGGGGGGGGGGGGGGGGGGGGGGGGGGGGGGGGGGGGGGGGGGGGGGGGGGGGGGGGGGGGGGGGGGGGGGGGGGGGGGGGGGGGGGGGGGGGGGGGGAGGGGGGGGGGGGGGGGGGGGGGGGGGGGGGGGGGGGGGGGGGGGGGGGGGGGGGGGGGGGGGGGGGGGGGGGGGGGGGGGGGGGGGGGGGGGGGGGGGGGGGGGGGGGGGGGGGGGGGGGGGGGGGGGGGGGGGGGGGGGGGGGGGGGGGGGGGGGGGGGGGGGGGGGGGGGGGGGGGGGGGGGGGGGGGGGGGGGGGGGGGGGGGGGGGGGGGGGGGGGGGGGGGGGGGGGGGGGGGGGGGGGGGGGGGGGGGGGGGGGGGGGUGGGGGGGGGGGGGGGGGGGGGGGGAGGGGGGGGGGGGGGGGGGGGGGGGGGGGGGGGGGGGGGGGGGGGGGGGGGGGGGGGGGGGGGGGGGGGGGGGGGGGGGGGGGGGGGGGGGGGGGGGGGGGGGGGGGGGGGGGGGGGGGGGGGGGGGGGGGGGGGGGGGGGGGGGGGGGGGGGGGGGGGGGGGGGGUGUGCUGUCUAG